AUGUCAGUGAGAUACAGGGCGGCGUCGCUGGCGCUCCUGCUGGGCGCGGCGCUCUUCUCCUCUGCGGGGAAUCGCGGCUCAGAAGCGGCCAAGAUCCUGGCCGUGCCCGCCGACUGGAGCCACUGGAUCAUCAUGAAGACCCUGCUCCUGGAACUGGUGGCGAGCGGGCACCAGGUGACGGUGCUGAGGAGCAACGACUCGCGGGGGUUGGAAACAACAUCCGAGGAUUUCACGCUGGAAACUAUCCUGGUGCCGGCAGCUCAGGCGUACAGAGCGCGGAACGCGAGCGAAAUCCGUGACAUUGUCUUCAACUCGCUCUACGUGGAAGAUGGCUUCCUCUCCAGCUUCGCCGCCGCCCGCAGCAUGUUGAGCUUAUUCCUAAUCAACAAAGAGGUGACCAUCCCGGCCAUCCGCGCGUUGUUUGACGACCGCGCACUGUUGCAGCGACUGAAGGGAGCAGGGUUUGACCUGACUUUAGCCGACCCUUACCAUGCGGCCGGGGCCAUGUUGGCACAGGUACUGGGCACGCCGCUGGUGUUCUAUGGCAGGUGGAUGAUUGCCGGGGAUCUCCACUUUAACUUGGCUCCGUCGCCACUUUCCUUCGUGCCCGUGGUAAAUUCCCGCUUGUCGGACAGGAUGUCGGUGUGGGAGAGGAUGAAGAACGUGUUAAUUUAUGGGAUGUCCAGAUUCAUAAGUUACUUCUACAUUUACCCCGCCUAUAACGAGCUGUGUCGGCGUUACCUGGACAGCGACAUCACGGUGGAAGAACUUAAUGCCAAGGCUGACAUGGUCCUGAUGAAGGUUGACUUUGUCUUUGAUUAUCCCCGGCCCACCAUGCCAAACCUGGUUUACAUCGGGGGUGUUCAGUGUAGCGCGGGCCGCCCGCUCUCUGCUGAACUGCAGCGGUUCAUGGACGGUUCUGGCGACCAAGGGGUCGUGAUCUUCUCAUUGGGAAGUGUGGUGAGCAUCUACCCACCAGAACUGGCGACUGAAUUGGCGGCGGGACUGGCCCGCCUGCCCCAGAGAGUGGUCUGGCGCUUGGUUGGAGACGCGCCAUCCACCUUAGGGAAUAACACCAAGGUGAUGAGUUGGCUUCCUCAAAACGAUCUGCUGAGUCACCCGAAGACCAGAGCCUUCAUCACCCACGGUGGGGAGAACGGGCUCUAUGAGGCCAUGUAUCACGGCGUCCCUCUGGUCGGCAUCCCAGUUUUCGGCGAUCAGUACGACAACCUUCUGCGCCUCAAAACGCGAGGGGCGGCGGUCAUGUUGGACUUGGCUCAUUUAACAAGCGAUGUGAUCUUCCAGGCGGUGAAGACUGUCAUCGAGACCCCUUCCUAUGGGGAGAACAUGAAGCGAAUAUCCGCCUUGCACCGGGAUGUCCCGCUGGAACCCAAAGCGCUGGCGGUCUUCUGGAUUGAAUACACCAUUAGGCACCGAGGCGCCGCUCAUUUGGGAGCCGCGGGCACUGAGCUGCCCUUCUAUCAGUACUACCUGCUGGAUGUCAUCGCCAUCCUCGUUGCUGUGUCGACGCUUGCCCUUUAUCUGGCGUGUAAAUUGCUUAAAGCUUUACUUAUCAAAAUAUCUUCAGGUGGGAAGAGGAAAUUGGACUAAAUUGAAGAAUUAAGGAGUGAUGUGCGGUGACAGAUGAAUUGUUGGCAGCUACGUUUGCACUGCACCAGAUUUUGCAUUCCAAUAUAACCACGGAUAACAAUCUGCAUUUUAUUCUCAGAUGG